AUGCAAUCCGAAAUUGAUUCAUUGAGACAGCAAAUUGCUACCUUACAGAUUGAACUUGCAUUAAAAGAGCAGAUUCAAAAAAUGCAAUUCGAAAUUAAUACAUUAAAAGUGCAAAUUGAUGAGAUAAUAGUUAUCUCCAAUUUACCCUGA